CUUCAGAAGUUCAUAAUUGGACCCUUGAAGAUACCCUUCAGUGGUUGAUAGAAUUUGUUGAACUUCCACAAUAUGAAAAGAAUUUUAGAGACAAUAAUGUCAAAGGAACAACACUUCCCAGGAUAGCAGUGCAUGAGCUUUCAUUUAUGAUUUCUCAGUUGAAAAUCAACGACCGGAGUCAUAGACAGAAACUUCAGCUCAAGGCUCUGGAUGUGGUUUUGUUUGGACCUCUGACACGCCCACCUCAUAAUUGGAUGAAGGAUUUUAUUCUUACAGUUUCUAUUCUAAUUGGUGUUGGAGGAUGCUGGUUUGCUUAUACACAGAAUAAAACAUCAAAAGAACAUGUUGCAAAAAUGAUGAAAGACUUAGAGAGUCUGCAAACUGCAGAACAAAGUCUUAUGGACUUACAAGAGAGGCUUGAAAAAGCACAGGAAGAAAACAGAAAUGUUGCUGUAGAAAAGCAAAAUCUAGAGCGCAAAAUGAUGGAUGAAAUCAAUUACGCCAAGGAAGAGGCUUGUCGGCUGAGAGAGCUCAGGGAGGGAGCUGAGUGUGAACUGAGCAGACGGCAGUAUGCAGAGCAGGAAUUGGAGCAGGUUCGCAUGGCUCUAAAAAAGGCUGAAAAAGAAUUUGAACUGCGAAGCAGCUGGUCUGUCCCAGAUGCUCUUCAAAAAUGGCUUCAAUUAACACAUGAAGUAGAAGUUCAGUACUACAACAUCAAAAGACAGAAUGCUGAAAUGCAGUUAGCUAUUGCUAAGGAUGAGGUUGCUGCUUCCUAUCUGAUUCAGGCAGAAAAAAUUAAAAAGAAGAGAAGCACAGUCUUUGGGACUCUGCAUGUGGCACAUAGCUCCUCCCUAGAUGAAGUAGACCACAAAAUUCUGGAAGCAAAGAAAGCUCUCUCAGAGUUGACAACUUGUUUACGAGAACGUCUUUUUCGCUGGCAACAGAUUGAGAAGAUCUGUGGCUUUCAGAUAGCCCAUAACUCGGGACUCCCCAGCCUGACGUCUUCCCUUUAUUCAGAUCACAGCUGGGUAGUGAUGCCCAGAGUCUCCAUUCCACCCUACCCAAUUGCUGGGGGGGUAGAUGACUUAGAUGAAGACACACCCCCAAUAGUGUCUCAAUUUUCUGGGACUGUGGCUAAGCCUGCUGGAUCUCUAGCCCGAAGUAGCAGUUUGUGUCGCUCUCGUCGUAGCAUUGUGCCCUCUUCGCCACAGUCCCAGCGAGCCCAGCUUCCUCCACAUGCUCCUCAUCCAGCCCACCCUCGUCAUCCUCACCUGCCUCAGCAUCCCCAGCAUUCGUUGCCUUCCCCUGAUCCAGACAUCCUCUCAGUGUCAAGUUGUCCCGCACUCUAUCGGAAUGAAGAGGAGGAGGAGGCCAUUUACUUCACUGCUGAAAAGCAAUGGGAAGUGCCAGACACAGCUUCAGAAUGUGACUCCUUAAACUCUUCCAUUGGAAGGAAACAGUCUCCUCCUCCAAGCCUCGAGAUAUACCCAACAGUGUCUCCUCGAAAGAUAUCCAGAGAUGAGCUCUCUCUAGAGGAUUCUUCCAGAGGAGAUUCGCCCAUAACAGCAGAUCUCUCCCGGGGCUCUCCUGAUUGUGUGGGUCUGACAGAAACGAAGAGUAUGAUCUUCAGUCCUGCAAGCAAAGUGUACAAUGGCAUCUUGGAGAAAUCCUGUAGUAUGAACCAGCUUUCUAGUGGCAUCCCGGUGCCUAAACCUCGCCACACAUCAUGUUCCUCCGCUGGCAACGACAGCAAACCAGUUCAGGAAGCCCCAAGUGUUACCAGGAUAAGCAGCAUCCCCCAUGACCUUUGUCAUAAUGGAGAGAAAAGCAAAAAGCCAUCAAAAAUCAAAAGCCUUUUUAAGAAAAAGUCUAAGUGACCUGGCUGACUUGUUGGGAUUCCAUUUCAGUGGCACCUGUAAACGUUUUUUCUCCCACCCUUUACUUCCUGUCUUUGUUUUAAUUUUAGGACUGUAACUCCAUUGGGGCUUUCGAAACUGGAUGCCAUAGUGGAAUGUCCGUCAAGGCAACUGUCUACUGUCUGCUUAUUUACAUGACCACAUAGCCAAUUCAUCAAGUCAGUUAUUACUGAACAAUCAUGAACAGAUGAGACAGUUUACAGUCAUUUUUGCCUAUUUAUUUCUGCAUUUUUGAUGGUGAUGUAUAUACAAUAUUUUGUUGAAAGCCACUAUGGACUUACAAGCUUUAAUGGACUAGUAAGCCAGCAUGGGCUUGCAAAAAUUUCUUGUUUACCAGAGCAUCUUCUUAUCUUUCCACAGAGCUAUUAUGGACUAAAUAACUUAAAAGAAGUGAAACUAAUUGCACUACUGUUUUCCAGACUGGAAAAAACAAUCUCUGCAAGUGAAACUGUAUAGAGUUUAUAAAAUGACUAUGGAUAGGGGACUGUUUUCACUUUUAGAUCAAAAUGGGUUUUUAAGUAGAAACUAGGGUUUCUAAUUGACUUGAUUUCUGGAAACGAAAACCCAUGCUUUUAUUAUGGGACGCUUCUUCAAAAUGCAUUUAAUAUAAAGGUUCAAGUCCUGCUGUAAAGAUCAUGUUUUGUUUUCCCCAGGGCUUUCACUGUGAUUUACUGCAUUUCAGGCUGUAUGAAAAAUUUAAAUAAUUUAAGGCGAGAAACCUCUUGAUUCUUUAUGCGAAUGGAAGAGUUAAAGCUUGAUUGGAGGACUUAAAACAUUCACAAGCGAAAUUGAGGUGGGAGUGUGGGGAUUCAGACCCUUGUUUACAGACUUGGAAUAACUGCAAAGGACUUACAGUGUGUGGAAAAUUUGUACUGUGGAAAAGAUAAUAAAUUGGAGACAAUAUUGUG